ACAUUCGUGUUUUGAUUGAGGUUAACCUCGGCGUUUUGCUUACAUUUGCUUAUAAAUAAUUUGUUAUUUUAAUAAGUUUGUUAAAGAAAGCGUAAUUUUAAUUUCUAGUUUUGUCAGUGAAGUUUAAUAUUAAGCUAUGGAAGCAACGGAAUUCGAUGCCACUUUAGGUGGUACUGAAAACCUCCCGUACGCAGCGAAUAGUUUGAAGUUUGCUGCCUCCAGGAGCGUAGAAAUCGCAGCAAUGACUGAAAGUAUACUAAGGCCAAGCAAAACCAAACUGAUAUUUCAAACAUUGCCGGUACACAUGAGGCGGCGGGUUAUGAGCCACAACUGCAAACGAUUGCCGCAAAAGUUACGAAAAGGCCAUCUAGAACAGUUAAAAAAGAGUGGAUUGCCACCUAAACAAAAACGACCAUCUAGGAAAUACAGACGUCGACCAGCGAAUCUAUUAGAAGAGUAUAAUAGACGACAAAAGCGAAAUGUUUGGUUGGAAACACAUAUUUGGCAUGCAAAGAGAUUCCAUAUGACUGAACGUUGGGGACAUCGCCUGCCAUACGCGCCGUGCGACAAGGCGUUCAGAGCAUGCUAUAGAGGCAGUUCUGCACACUGCCUUCUUCAAGAUAUAUCCUACCACAUACCAAUUCAAAUAACAGGCAAUGUACAAAAUAUCAAAGAAAUGUUUGCAAAGAUAACUAGUAGUGUUUGUGGUUUAAGCAUUGGUGCUAUGGCUUAUAUAAAAGGUACAAGACAAGGAACAGCUCAUAUUUUUGGGGUAAACUCAUUUCCUUUUGGUUAUAUAGGUAAAGUACAAUUUAUUUGGGUGCCAAGUGAGAGCAUUGUUAAAACUCUGUGGCUAUUUGUUCAUCCAUCGCAAAUAAAAUCCAUACAAUUGGCACUGGAAGAAGCUUCUAAUUCUCAUGAGAAAGAAGACUAUAACGUAGCUAGCAAAAGAAGAAGAGUUGAGAAUGAGUCCACCAUUCAAAUACAAGUAAUGCCACAAGCCUUCAACAGAUUUCGUCUGACAGGGCCGAACAGCCAUGCAGUGCUAGCUCAGAGUUUGAAGUGUGUAAAUGAUAUCGAUUGCAUCAAAAAUGACAAAUGGGUGUCAUUACAUAAGCCUAAAGAUUUAAAAGACAAAGAUGAAUACUGGCAGAGUAUAAGUACAGCUAACACUCCAGCACAACUACCCGCAAAUAUGAUUGUUGGGCUAGUUGUUAAAGAUCCUCGCCUUAGUCGGCCUUCAAGGCGCACAAAGGCAAAACAAGACUCAAAUACUGAAAUUAGUACAGAAUCUUUACUUACUGUUCCACCCUACCUGUCAAGUUCUCCACUAUGGGAUGUUAAAAUACAUGAAAGUAUUAAAAAGGAAUCAAUGACCAACGGCCAGUUUGUAAAGCAUAUAACCAAGAAUCAAUUAGUUCCGGGUGAGAUUGAUGAGCACGAUCCGGCAUUGCAGAGUGUGCCUAUUGUAUUGAUACAGAGAUCCGGUUCCCAGAACUCUGAAUUUAAGAAGAUUGGAUAUGGCAGCGGUUGGGAUAUUAUUAUACCUCGGGGUUACGCUCUGCCGUUUUGGCUCACAUUCAUUAUGUUUGGAGCAAGAUCAGGAGGUUUACGAGAAACGGAAAGUGUAGCAUUUGAAAUGGGGGAAUGUUAUCUACCACCAGAUUCCGAUGCUGGAAAAGAAAACGAAAAACGAAUAGAAAUAGAAUCAAGAGAAAAGUACUUUAAAUUACCACCCAGCAAACGGGUUAAUUACGUGAAAAUAGGAAUUAAUAGCCCUUUUAUAUGUCCUUGGAACAUAUUGCUGAGUGAUUGGUGUGGAAAUCAGAUUAAUGAUUAUUUUGUAUUGCGAAAUAGAACUCUCUUGAAUGAAAUCCAGGUAAAAAUCUAAAAUUACUGAAACAUAGAUUUUUCUUCUUAAUCACAUGACAUUAAUAACGAUUUUGCUUUUCAGGAUUCUGUCACUAGAAAACAAAGUCUACCAAAUGUAGAAAAUGCAGGUUCCUGCUUAAUUCCAGUCUAUAUAAAAUUAGUGGCCAAAGGUAGUCUGCAUAAACACUCACUAAUAUGCUUACCAGAAGCUAGUGAUGUUAAUAAUGUUAAAACCUUAUUUGAACCACAUCAUGAAGACCCCAAUGAGAAACUUAGAAAGCUCAAACAUGUUGAGCACUUUAAAUUCUUAAAAAAAUGUAAGAGAAACAAUGCAAAACUAAAAAAGAAAAAGGUAAUUUCGGACAAGUUACGAAAAACGGUAAAAUCUGAGCCAUCAGAAUAUGUAAAAUCAAUGAGAGAGUUAUGGCUUCCAUCCAAAGUUGUAACAGUCUGGAAUACAGCCUCGAGACAAGUGAUGGGCUAUGUAUCACAAGGAGCAUUCAGUUUCACUGAAGCACUUAGUUGCGGUGUUGGCUAUAUUGCAUAUAAUGCCCUGCAACUACUACUAAAUAAUGGACUCAACCAAGUCCUUGUGAGAACCACAACAUCAAGAAAAUAUAGACUUGCUAAUAUAGUGGUCAUUAAUACUACGUAAAUAAAA